UCUCGUCGAUCAUUUCGAGAGAGGCCUUCUGUUUACAAAUAGAAUUUUCGAAUCUUCUUAACGCGGACGUCUGUUGUGUGGAAACGAGGUGACUGAUCGACAAGAGUUUCGUGUUUCCCGUUUGAAAGUGAAUGCCAACAGCCUGAGAAAUGCAGCGCGCCAGCCCCAUGACUAUUCUGGAUCUUCCCGACUGCAUGCUCGAGAACAUUUUGGAGUACAUGAGCUACGAUGAAGUGGCUCGCAAGCGGAUUGUUUGUCGGCCGUUCGACAAGGCGGGUCAGCGGAUCCUCAACAGGGGGUUCAAUAAGAUGAUUAGGACUCACGCAGCGCACUUGAAACGAUUGAAAGCUUUGCUGCCGCGCCGCGAAUCGGAACGCAGAAAUCAUCCCCUGGCACGUCAUACGGACAUUCUUACGUGCAUUGAGACCCGAAUUUCAAUGCUCUCAAUGACUUAUUCAAAGUACAUCGAUUUGAACUUAUGCUGCUUCAUACCUGGCAAGGUAAUUGACGAAGUGUACAAUAUCUUCAAGUUGAUAAAAUAUGACACGAAACCGUUGCGUGCACAUGAAGUUCUUCAAGAACUUCGGGACAUCUCAUCGAUGGCCAUUGAACAUUUCGACGAGAAAAUUGCCAAUGGUUUGAAAAAGUCAUAUAUGAGCGCAAGUCCCGGAAGAUUGUCCGUUGCCGGAUCCAUAGGUUCCGGAAGCGAUCUUUUGCAUUUAACGCCACCUUCAUUGUCAGUAGACGACAUGGGCGAGGUAAUGCCCCGUCGUUGUGAUGGAGAAAAUAAUUGUCGCCAAGCCCGAAUGAAUAAAAUGGCACUAGUGCGCAUGGAAACGAAAUACAAAAAUGCAAUCAAGAAGUUCACUCAGAUGAUUCAAAUUCAGAACAAGCAAAUGCGUCACUUGCGAUGCAAUUCUCUAAGGAUUUCGCAAUUGACCUCAACAGUAGCUGACCUCAAGCGUCAAAUCGAAGAAUCAGAGGCAAAAAACCGUGAAAUCAAAGCCAACAUAAGUCAGAUUGCACAGGAAGCUGGUUCUUCCAUAUCAUCAGCACCAGUGCCAAUGCGCAAUAUCAAGCCUCGUGCAGCAACAAUCAUCCUGAAGCGAAGAAUCACGCAGUCGAUAAACGACACAACGGACUUCCCGGAGAUGAAACAGAUUAAAUUGGAUGAGUAUAAAGACGAGCAGCAGGACGACAACAUGCUUAUCUGUUAAAUUCGUUGCGUUAUGAAUUGUAAUAUAUGUGAUUUUGCUUGCGAAUUGUUUACUAAGCAAUAAUGAAAGUUUAUUGGCAUUGAUCGUAAUAAUUAAGAAUAGGAUAAUUUAUGAAUACUCACAGAAUAGUUUUUUGCUAAAUGGAUUAGCAAAGGAUCAAAACCCGUCUGAAAUCGGAGAAGAACAAAAAUGAAGCAAACUUCGAUACCUCUCGAACCAUUGUAAAAUGAAAUUACGCAUUGAAUCAUUUUAUAUAUUAUACAAAGUAAAGAGAAUGUAGCGUAGUUGUAUUUUUUAAGAAAUUGAUGUCUAUCGACUUCGCACAUUCUUGUGAAUUUUAUACCUAGAGAAAUCUUGAAUAUGCACCCUCUUAUUGUUUAUAAGGACUGAAAUUAGUCACUGGACAUGUGUGGAAACUGUCCAUCAUUGCGGUUAUGAAUAUAGGUUACAAUUUAUAUAUUUAAACUUCUUUCUACAUUUAAAAUAAAUGAAUGAUGAGCCUAUUCUUUGUGAA